AUGAUAGAACCAAUUUACAGUUCACCCAACACUAAAGGCCUGAUGAGCUCAAAGAAAUUGCAUUUACUUUGUUUCACCCAUUUAUUUUUUGGCAUUGGAGAUGGAAUGGAUUAUAUAAUCAAGUCAGUAUCCUCUGAGUGUUGUGAUCUUGAAGAAAUUCAACUUGCACUGAACUACUUUCUGCUGUUUUCAGUUGAUGAGUUAGAUGUCCUGAAACAGCUGAUGACAGAGCUGCUCCUCUGGGGAUGUGAUGUGCAUCUACACCUGAUGAGGCUGACAGAGCAACUGGAAACACUGCCGUGGCUUGUCAUACUUAAAUUCAAUGAAUGAAGUCUUGCAGACACUGAGAUCCAAAUCUUGGGAUCAUUCUUUGGGAAAAAACUUCCAGAAAACUUCCAGCAGUUGGAUUUGGCGGGGAAUUGUGUGAGCAGUAAUGGAUGGGUUGCCGUUAUUGGAAUAUUAGUGAAUCUCAAGAAAUAGGUUUUUGUUUUUUUUAACUUCAAUAGCAAAGAAGAACUGCUUCCUGACCCACAGUUGGUCAGAAAAUUUGGUCAUGUACUACACAAGCUAAAUUAUUUGCAAGAAAUCAGGUUAAUAAGAUGGCACUUUGAUGAUAAUGAUUUCAAUGUUAUUCAAUCUAAUAAAUUUAAACUAGCAAUUGUUUAAAAAGUCUAAACAUACAACUGUUUAAAAGCUUGGCUUUAAGUUCUGAAAUACUACAUCACUGUUAAGUACUUAUGUAAUAUAGUCUCUACAAUUAACUCUUAAGUUUGUAUAAAAUGAAAAAAAUUGUUCUCUCUCCUUUCCACUUUGAGCCCUGGAAUGCUGCUCACUACCCAUUUAGUCAUCCCAUGUUUACUGGUUGAAUCUGAAUUAAUAUUAAGUCAGUCAAUAGGGACCAGGGAGGAGUCACUGAAAUGGAAGUACUGUAGCUAGUAUUUGUUAUCUAUUCUCUCUUUUAUCAGAAUGCAAGCUCCAUGAAGGCAGGUUAGUUUUCUUUUCUGUCUUUGUAAUUCCAGCAACUAGCAAGAGUAUGUAUUAAGUACUUAAUAAUGUUAGUUGAAUCAAACUGAAUUGAUAGCUGACUUAUCUUUGUAUUAGCUUCAAUACCUACCAUGGUGCCCUGUACAUGUUAGAUUCUUUAUAAUAUCAGUUGCAUAAAUGACAAUGAAAUGUACAAAAAUGAGUGCAAUAAUUGCUUAAAAACAGAGUAAAUGUACUUAAGCAUUCUUAAGACUCUAAUAGCUUAAUUCAAAUAAUACAGAAUAUUAAAAACUGCUUCUCUUACUAGAGACAGAUCAGUAUCCUUUACCCUAGCAGAAAAUCAGCAGCUGCUUAUAGCUCAACCAGAAUACUGUCAAUCACAGGCAUGAAAUCUAGGUUUUCUAUCAAGGAGCUGCUAUGCCUUUUUAAUCACCAAUCACAGGCUUCAGUAUUGGAAAAGGAGAAAAAAGAUAUGUUUGCAUUCCACAGGAGUCAAAGAGACACUGCCCAAAUCAUUUUAACAUCCCCACCCUAUAAAAAAUGAACCUAAAAGGAAAAUAUGAUGCCAGUUCAAAAAUCUAGCCUUACCUCCAUGUCGUCUGGGAAAAAAACAAAAGUAAACAACUAUUCACUUGGCACCAGACUGUCCACCUCCCAUU